AUGCGUACCUCUUUGAUAUCUCUGCUGGCUGUGGCCUCCGUGGCUUUCGCCGUACCUACUCCUUCUCGUGUCUCGCAAAUGAAAAGGUCUACCUCAUGUACCUUUACUUCAGCCGCAAGCGCAAGCGCAAGCAAGAAGUCCUGCACCACAAUCGUACUAGACAACAUCGAAGUACCAGCUGGUGAAACUCUGGAUCUGACCGACCUCACGUCUGGCACUAGAGUCAUUUUCAGUGGUGAAACUAGCUUCGGUUACGAGGAAUGGGAUGGUCCACUGAUUGAGAUCUCUGGAUCUAACAUCAUUGUUGCUGGAACUUCUAACCAUACUAUUAAUGGUGGUGGAGAGAGAUGGUGGGAUGGCGAGGGAACAAAUGGUGGCAAGACUAAGCCGAAGUUCUUCUAUGCGCAUGAUUUGGAUGAUUCGACUAUCACUGGUUUGAAUGUUAAGAAUACUCCUGUUCAGGCGUUUAGUGUUGAGUCGAACAAUUUGGUUCUCAAUAGUAUUACUAUUGAUGACUCGGAUGGUGACGCGAACGGUGGUCAUAAUACCGAUGCCUUUGAUGUUGGUGAUAGUGACGGGGUUACUAUUCGAAAUGCUGUUGUGAUGAAUCAGGAUGACUGCUUGGCUGUUAACUCUGGCAAGAAUAUUGUCUUCACUGGGGGUUCCUGUUCCGGUGGCCAUGGUUUAUCCAUCGGCUCUGUUGGUGGCCGCUCCGACAACACUGUUCAAAAUGUUACUAUCUCCAACUCUGUUGUGAAGGACUCGGAGAACGGUAUCCGGAUCAAGACUAACUCUGGAACUACUGGGUCUGUUUCUGGAGUCACAUUCUCCAAUAUUCAGAUCUCUGGAAUUACCGACUAUGGCAUUGUUUUCGAACAGGAUUAUGAGAAUGGUGAUCCUACUGGUACCCCUACUGAUGGUGUUCCUAUCACUGAUCUCACUGUGGAGAAUAUCACUGGUACUGUUGAGAGCGAUGCCAUUGAGGUCUAUAUCCUGUGUGCUUCUGGUGCAUGCUCGGACUGGACUUGGUAUGGAGUCAGUGUCACUGGUGGGUCUAGUAGUGAGAAGUGUGAGAAUGUACCAUCGGGCGCAUCUUGCUAG